UGACGACAGAAGGAUGUUAUGACAUUUCGAAGGACUUUUGUCUGCUAAUUCGCUUAGUCUGCUGUCUAGUGUCUGCGUCUGCUUCUCAGAAACCUUGAAUGAGUCACUGAGAAAGAUAAUCUUGUGCCUAAUUACUUUUAACUGUCCCAUCAGCAAGAAACCGAUUGGCAAAAUGGGUAAACAAGGAUACGAACCUGCUCCGACAGCACCUCUACCUACGGCUCCCCCUCCACCUUAUGAUGCCCAACCACCAUACAACCCUUAUGGUGAUGCUACUCAGGCACCUCCUUAUCAAUACCAGCCGACGCCAGUAAUUCAUGAGACGCCCCAACAGGCCGGCCAAUCUUUGUAUCCGUCCGUUCCACAAUAUCCUCAGCCUGUACAAGUCACUGGAGGUAACACAGUGGUAGUGGGAGUUACCCCUUUACUCGUCGGUCGCCAGCCGCUUAGAACAACGUGCCCAAACUGCAACUCUACGAUCAAGACGAUGACUGUGAAAAAGUCCAAAACUCUCGCUCAUCUGAUUUGCCUCGGCCUCUGCUUUGUUGGAUGCUGCUUAUGCUCCUGUAUUCCGUACUGUAUGGAUUCCAUGAGUCUCGUAGUCCAUACUUGUCCUAAGUGCAAGGCACACCUUGGUACUUACGAACCGUAAGCCUACAUGGUUGGGCGAAAGCAAUGUGAUAUAUGCUAAGUUACUUUGUUGCAAAACGUUCCAAAACGAUCAUCUGUCCUCCAUUUUGUAUUGUAGUUUUUAUAUGAGGCAAAAGUGCCUAAGUUGAAACGAUGACUGCCAAGGUGUUUUUCUUGGUCUUACUUUUAACCAACUCUUAGGAGUGGGGUAGGAUGUAUUUUGUAAUCGUUAGCAAAAUAUAGAUGUAGGACUAAUUAAAUGUAACUUCUAACUUGUAAACAAUAUGCUUUGUAUUCGUCCUGGUAAUGGAUCAAAUCACUUUAUAAUUGAUUUAGAAGCUGUUUUAUGCAUAACUAAUAAUAUUUAGUCUUUUGAAUGAAGCUUGAAUCAAUUAAUGCCUUGGAAAUGUUGAUCUGAUAGAAGUUUCUGCGGCCAGAAAUGUAUUACCAUCUACAUACUUCAGAAAACUGUUUAACACCAAAUAGGUAUAGCCAGUCCCAAACAGGCUAGAAUAUUAAACAAUCUUCAUAAAAACUGAUGUAUAAUCAUCACAUAACGAUGAAUUUUAAAGAACGGUGAACAAAAAAAAAAGCUUUUGAGUGGCAGACUUCACUUUUCUUAAACUAGUAUGGGAGCUGUCUAUCGCAUUAAAAUGAAUGGCUAUAAGAAAUGAAUUAAGUUAUUAUUGUAUAGUGUAAUUUUCUAGGUCACUGACUCUUGGACAACUUUAAAAAAAAAGAACUAUUGCCAUUGUAAAUUAACAAAACGAGGUGAGUUUUUUUAUGUUUUUUUGUUUUACAUGUUUUCACCUAAUUUUAUGUAUCAAAAGAUUGAAGCUUAUCUCUUGUCUACUUGACUCUUCCGAAGCUUAUACUAAUUUGCUUACAGUAUUAUUGUGAUUUGUUGACUUAAAGCAUAUCUAUAUAUCUAAUUCCGUAAGCCCAAAAUUUUACAAUGAAAUUGUGAGCGAACGGGAGGUCGUAGAAAGCUGGGAGAGGUCUCAUUUUAAAGGUCUGGGCAUGAAAUUUUGGGGAAAAUUAUUCAUUUUUCUUAAUCAUGCACCAAAAGGUUCUUACGUAAUAAAAUAAUUCACAUUUAAAUAGCAUGGGAAUCUAGGUCAUGUCUGCUUUGUUUACCUUCUUUAAAACAUGUGGUUUAACUUUAUUGAAAGCAUAUGGUAAUAUAUGUACUGUACUGUAAUAUGUAUAGACCUUUUCCAAAUUUUAAGGGUAGGGUAACCCAUGAGACUAAUAAUUUGUGCAAAAUAAUUACUAGAAUAUAUAGUAUAUAGGGGCUAUUGCCCCUACAAGCCACUAGUUAUUCCUAUUAGUUUACAAUGAAUAUCGAUUUAUUAUUUAGUGGCACUGGUACCAUAUAUACGUAGAGUAUUCACUUAUUGAUACCUGCUUACCUAUUGAAUGUUAUAGGUUUUGUAUAGAUUUGCUUUUUGUUGUAUUCUUUUCGGCUUAUUGACAUAUUGAAAACUGCUUUGUGUUUUUAUUAAGUAUGGGGAAAGUUGGGGAAUUAUAUCCCUCCAAGUGUCCAUAGUUUAGGCCUUAAUGUCCACCUAUUUUUGGCGCAUUUGCAAGGUUUUAUUAAAACGGAUCUGAGAAGCUUAAAACAAUGUUAAUUCUAAUGUUCUAUAUACCAUUUUGUUUGGAAAAUCAUGGGCUUCAAUAUUAUAUAUAAAACAUAAGGAACAUUUAAAAAAAAAAAAAAAUUUUUAGGUAAAAAAAAUAUAAUUUCAAAAAUUUUCAAAAAAAAAAAUAAGUUCGCGCUCAAUGAAAUUGUAUAAAUUAUAGGCCUAUAAAUAUUUGAAAAUAGCCACUUUGUUCUAAAUUUUAUGAGGAUUACAAAUAUAUAAUAAUAUAAGGAAGUAGAUUUGCAAAUAAAUAAGUUAUGGGCAAAAAACUGAUUUCAGUACAUAGCGUUUAGCUAAGAAUGCAUAGCCUAACCAUAGCUAGGAAUCUGGCUGAUAAUUUACAUCAAUAUCACUACCUACUUCUUCAGGAUCAUCAACCAGCACUUCAAAACCACAUAAAUCUUCUUAUAAUGCACCACGUAUAUCACUACUUUUGAUUUUUAACACUAAAACAAUGAUAAACGUAAUAAAACACAUCAGUCAUCGGUCCGGGGGAACCUAGCUGUUUACAAAUACACGCACGUCAGCUGUCUGCAUCAAUUAUGAUCGGCUAGGAGAAAAAUACAGCGCUGAGACAGACAUCUGGAGACAGCUUAGAAUGUAACGGAAAGAACGAUACCUAACUCGAUCCAGUUCAAUCCGAUUCAGUCAGUUAUAGAGCCUUCGCCGUAAACGAUGUCUGCUUGUCGAAAAAUCGGCAAGUAACACUAUACAAAGUGUGGUGCUUGCCGAAUUUUCGUCAAGUAACACUGGGAGGGUUAAAGGAUAUGCAUUAUACCCAUAAAUUAAAACAGUAUUUUUUUAUUUAAUUGUUAAGGUUGUACUUAGGCACAUUCCACUCAUUUGGAAACUAUUCAAACUUGGUUGUGUAAUUGUGAAUUAUCUAUGUUAUUGGAAUUCAAUGUUGAUAUUUCACGUGGCAGCUUGGACACAUCUGGCUAGUUCACUAAGGUUCUCAAUAUCGCUUAAUGCUCAUAAUCGCUAAUUGUUAAGUUACUUUUAUAAGGUUGCUCAUUUUAAUUAGUUACCUAAACUGAUAGUCAAAGAUCAAACAAAUGUCGCCAAACAAAGUUUGUUUAAAAAGUGUUUCACAUGGAAUCUUUGCUAUUUUGGCUUUAGUUGGAAGAAUGUAAUUUUAUUUAAGUAGUUAGUUAAUACAACUCUUGAAAAUGAUCUUUGUAAUUGGAAGUCUAUUUUUUUUCUAGUUUGUCAGAAUAGACAAAUGCAAGACAGUUAAAAUGUUUACAGCUCAAUUUUUGUAGUCUAGUCAACGAUUAAAAAAUACUUUUAUAACAGUUAGUGACGAAUUAUUUGGAAUCACUACAAGUUAGGUGCUUUUUGUUAUUGACUCAAAAAUAUUUGGGUCAUGAACGAUUUCAAAGACAGGUUUAACAUGUGUUGGAAUUUCUUUACAACUUGUUCUUUGUUAAUUUUAGUAUAAACAAAUUUUCCUGCCUUUCAAGAAGAAGCAUAAUAGAUCCGUUACUAAAUAUAAGUACCAUAAGUAGUUCCUAACUCUUUCAGUUAAAUUGCGAGUUAACUGUUUUGUAUAUUGUAGCACCUUUCAUGUUUAUUACUUCCAAAGAAUAAAUGUAUUACAAUCACAA